AUGGAUAUCGACCAGACAGGAACUGAAACCAAAACGAUGGAGACUACAUCAGGUUCAAGUGACUCUGUCUUGCGUCUCACGCAAAGCUUGAAACCUACUGAAUCUACAUCAACAAAUUUUGCCUUGUCCAACACGGCGACAACAAAAUACAAAGGUGUGGUUCAACAGCAGAACGGUCAUUGGGGGGCUCAGAUUUACGCAAACCACAAAAGGAUUUGGCUCGGUACGUUCAAGUCCGCUGCUGAAGCCGCCGCAGCUUACGAUAGCGCAUCCAUCAAGCUCCGAAGCUUCGACGCUAACUCGCACCGAAACUUUCCUUGGUCUGAUUUAACGGUCCACGAACCGGACUUUCAAGUUCGCCACACAACAGAAGCUGUGUUGAACAUGAUCAGAGACGGUUCUUACCAACACAAGUUCAGAGAUUAUCUCAGAGUCAAAUCUCAGUUUGUCGCCAACAUCAACAUCGUGGGAUCAAAACAGAGCCGAGGAGGAGGAGGAGAAGGAGGACAAGAAUCAAACAAGUGUUUCACGUGGAUGCUUCUUUUUCAGAAGCAGUUGACACCGAGCGAUGUUGGAAAACUGAAUAGGCUUGUGAUACCUAAGAAGUAUGCAGUGAAGCAUUUACCUUUCAUAAGCGAUGAUCAAAACGAGAGAGAAGAAGGAGAAGUGGGAGGAUCUGUGGACGAUGUUGAGGUUGUGUUUUAUGAUAAGGCAAUGAGACAAUGGAAGUUUAGGUAUUGUUACUGGAGAAGUAGCCAGAGCUUUGUCUUCACCAGAGGAUGGAAUGGUUUUGUCAAGGAGAAGAAUCUCAAGGAGAACGAUGUUAUCGUCUUUUACAAUUGCGAUGUCCCCAGCAAUGUCAAGACAUUAGAAGGUCAGAGCAACAACUUCUUGAUGAUCGAUGUUCAAUACUUUUCAGGCAAUGGUUUCGUGGAUCCCAAGGGAUUAAACAAGACGGCUCAUGAGAUUUCUGAUGAAGAAAUGAAAACAGGAAACGUCUUUGAUCCCAAGUUAGAAGAUAAAGGUACCAAAUCAGAGGAGAAGAAAGGAGGGUUUAUGCUGUUUGGUGUUAUGAUCCAAUAGCUAUUUCGAUAUUAUAGGGAUAUAUUUAAUAUCUUAAUUAGAGUUUGGUUUUGAUUUGUAC